UGUCAACUUAAAAAAAGGGAAACCUCCCGUCCAUGACGUGAAAUGUGCGUGUCGGACCCUGGUACGGCAGUUAGUUGGUUAGGAGAGUUAUUACUAUUAAAAUCCAAGUGUUAAGAAGUCUUCAGCAACUCUUCUGUCAACUGGGACAAGUCUGUCUGAUGGACACAGAGAGGAGGAAACAGCGGGGAAGGAUUUUCGCUCCAGAAGAAGCGCCACGCGCUCGCGGAGCCACGUUCGCCGCUUCUUUUUGUUGUUGUCGUCGGCCUGAGAUGCGCUUUCUACUCGCUUGAAGUGUGUGUCGUGUGCGUGCAGCAUGCGACUGAGGUCGACAUGUCUAACGUGAGGCUGAGUAAGAGCGUGGAAUGGCUGCAGCUGGAGCUGGAGGGCGGAGGAGCGGCUCUGCUGCUGCUGGACUGCCGCUCUCACGAGCUUUAUGAAUCAUCUCACAUAGAGAGCGCCAUCAACGUGGCCGUGACCGGGCUGAUGCUGCGGAGGUUCCGGAAGGGCAACAUCCCGGUGCAGACCAUCAUCCCCACGCACGAAGACAAGGAGAAGUUCACCAGACGCUGCAAGACGGACACGGUGGUCCUGUACGAUGAGAGCUCCGUGGACUGGCAGGACGGCGGGACCACGGUCCUGUCUCUGCUCCUCAACAAGCUGCGGGAGGACGGCUGUGAAGCCUACUAUCUGCAGGGUGGCUUCGUGAAGUUCCACACAGAGUACCCAGAGCACUGUGAGACGCUCUUGGACAGCUCCUGUCCAAGCUCCUCUCCCCCCAUGCCUGUCCUGGGCUUCGGAAACCUCAGGAUCAGCUCAGACUGUUCUGAUGGUGAGUCCGACCGAGAGCCCAUCAGUGCCACGGAGCCUGAGGAGAGCCCCAUCCCCAGCAACCAGCUGGACCUCCCAGUAGAAAUCUUGCCAUACCUUUACCUGGGCUGUGCCAAAGACUCCACCAACCUGGACGUUCUUGGCCGCUACAACAUCACUUACAUCCUGAACGUCACGCCCAACCUCCCAAACAUGUUCGAGCACGACGGCCACUUCAGGUACAAACAGAUCCCCAUUUCGGACCACUGGAGUCAGAACCUGUCCAAGUACUUUCCAGAGGCCAUUUCAUUUAUCGAUGAGGCUCGGUCGAAGCGUUGCUGCAUCCUGGUGCACUGCCUCGCUGGCAUCAGCCGCUCAGUCACCGUCACUGUGGCCUACCUGAUGCAGAAACUCAACCUCUCGCUGAACGAUGCCUACGACUUUGUGAAGAGGAAGAAAGCAAACAUUUCCCCAAACUUUAACUUCAUGGGUCAGCUCCUGGACUUUGAGAGGACUCUUGGGCGGCACACCCCCUGUGAUAACCGCCCCAGCAGCGAGGAGCAGCUCUUCUUCACCACACCGACCAAUCACAACGUCUUUCAUCUGGAGUCAACAUGAAGACCGUUGCGUCCCGUGGUGUCUCUUGUUCUCUCUCGGCCUGUCAGACACCAGAAGGACAGAAUCCACAAGUUCAGACUAUUUUUGAUCUAGGUGCCUUAAAGUCCAACACACGGGAGAUUUCUGCCACACAUUAAACAUCACACACAACAGGAGGACAUUUCCUUUAAAGCUUUGGAUUGUUAUUCACUUUUUACAUACAUUUUUCUUGUAUUGGUUCUAAAUACUGCCUUUAUCUAGAACAACUGUGGCCAAACCUGACAUGUUUUGUAAUUCAAGCUGAUGGAAAUAAGCUACCAUGGACAGUUUCCACUACGGAGAACAUUUUCUUCUGUUUUUACACAAAAUCUCCUAAUCUGGGAUUCAGUAUUAGUCUGUAAACUCUUUGGGGAAUGGUUGUAUAAACAUUCAAACUCUUUUUUCUUGUUAAGUUUCAGUCUUUCACAUUGCAGAAGCACUCUAGUACAAUUUAUCAUAAAAGACCCUGAUCCAGGAGGGACCUUCUUCUUUAUUUCUGUGUGUUUUUAUGCUGAGGCCUUGGCCGUUCUGUGUUCAUUAUCAUGUUGAGGUAAAGAGUUCGAACUGGCUUUCCCUACAGCGGACGCGAGCAGCUAUCUCCGUAACAAACUGGAUGUGCGUGUGUUUUUGUUCUGCCACUCUUCGUCCUGCAGCUACUUGUUCUGCGGUACAGCAGAGCGUUGGUGUGAUGAGCUGGUGUGUCUUUUCUUUUGAACAAAUGAAUGAAAGAAAGCACACGAGACUGGGGUGCUCUUACCUCAACACCAGAUACUUUCAGGGAUUUUUUAUGUGAGGCGACUGCAUGUCAUCUUGGCCGAUUGGUUCGGUGUAAACAUGUUUUUGUAACCCGUGAAGGAUAUGAAAGUGACCCUGUUGAAAUCCUUUUGUAUGGAAAAUCUAAAGUUAAAAAUCCAAGGCAUUCUGUUCAAGGUUUUACAAAAAUAAAUUGUAUAUUUUUACUUAAAAA